UUAAAUUGUCUACUUAACUGUACCUUGUUAGCACUGAGCCCUCACUUUGAUCAUCGUAUUUUAUUUUCCAGGUAAUUUUAAUGCUGCAUAUUUAUGUUGAAAAAGUAUUUUACCUGCAUAAGCAUUGUUAAGUCUGCAAUUUAUCAGACGAGAGUAGAUUUGGUAUGCUAAUGUAGAAUACCAUCAUAAAACACAACUUCUUCAUUUCAAUACUGUUGAUUUCUUCAAAGGAAAACUCCAGGCCUAAGAAUUCCAUAAUAGAUGGGAACGGCAAGAUGUUUAAACAGCUAGAAAAAGACAACAAGCAACAAACAUUAUUGAAUAUUAAGCAGAAUUUGCAGAUUGCAACCACUCAAAGAUUAGAGGGAGAAAUUCAGGAACUUCAGAAACAGCUCAGUGAUUUGAAAUUGUCAAAUAAAAAUAUGAAAACCCAGCUAACAAGAGUAAAUAUCCUUAAAGACAAAACACUUCAGAAGCUCAGGCAAUCUUUAAUAAAAGUUGAAGCAAUGAGAGGGAAGGCAGUUAUGAAAACAGGUAACUUGAAAACUCCACUGGACUCGGCCAAGCAAGAGGCAAGCUGGGACAAAGAUAAGGCCCGUCAGAUGGUGGAUGCCGUGACUCCUGAGCUCUGCACAGCAAAGAGCACACUUGAAGACGUAUCAGGACGACCACAGGAGCGUGUCGACUUUCGAGAAACUAUAAUGAAGAUGUUGGGAUUUAACGUGAAAACAGCUGACAAAAAAAUAAUCACUCACCUAAGGCUUAUUAUCCAAGCUUAUGAAGCAUCUGACAAAUCAAAGGUUGCUUCCAACUGUGAGACUGGACAGAAUAAUGCGUAAAAAAGUUCUGCCCCCUCAUUGCUGCCAACAAGAACUUAGCAGACACGGACGUUUCCUCUAGCAUCUUGGGUAUGACUGCCUGGUGAAUAAAAUGCUUUGGAAAACUUUUACUCGACUCUGUUCUCUCCUUUGAUUUUGGCAUUUAACUUUUCCUUGUCAUAAUCAAAAAUAUUCUAUACAUUUAUUGAUGGCCUAGUCUAGACUGUUACUCGUGAUAUAUAAUAUCCAAUUAUACU